AUGCAGCCAGCCUUCUCCGAGUCCCUAAUCGAGGCUACUAACAGUCCUUCCCUAUCGAAACCGAAGCUUAAAUUUGCUACAGCGAGGGAACGUAGAAACUACUUGCUAGACGGGGCUAAGGGAGAAGGGAUAUACAGCGAGCUAUGGCGAUACCGACCAGGCCAAAAAUACCACGAGCUCUGGAAGCUCAUGGCUCAAAUAUCAUUCGGCGUACACUUACUACUCAACGGGAUCGCGAAUAGUAACGAGCAGGUAGUUAAUAUCCUCCAAGGUCACAUCGACGAGGUGGACGAGUUUCUAGAGACGAUAUUGGAAGAUGUCGAACUCGCGAUAUAUGAUAUUCGAGAUCGUAUCGACCAUCUGAAGCUGCCAAUGCAGAACAUCGAGACUUUCGAGCAAAUGUUGGAGGAUCGCAAUUUUCGUUUGCAGAUAGUAACUGGGAACGAGAAGAUCGAGCAUAUAAUAUCUCGGACCACAACCUCCCUCGAAGUGGUGGUGGCGGAUAUCGGCGAGGGACUGGGUGCCACGAAGGAGUUUGCAGCAUAUCUCAGCGACCAGCAGGACGGUGUGUGGCAACAGCAGCACUCAGAGGUUGGGGAUAUUUUCGACGCUAUGAGAGGGAACGCCCAAGGCUGGUACAAAGCCUUUCUCGAAUUGCAGCGUACAACAUCGAAUUUGCGCACCCUGCUCAACAAGCUCGACCGGAUAGUAUCAGAAAUGAACUAUCGCGCUGGCGAAGUAAGCCGGAGAACAAGGGCAAGUGUUAUUCCGUUCUCUAGCCCGACAGACCAGCCUCUGCCGAAGAGCAACUCGCGAAAUUCGUCGAUGCGAUCGUCUGAUAGAUGGCCACCGAAAUUCGAGCUGUCUAAGACCACGUCUCAAAGAUCCGCAGCGGGUUCAACCGGAACCAGGGAGACGCUCAUGGUAGUCCAAUACAACGCCCCGAUAGAACCAAUGUCUCCAGUGGAGCUAGAGGCGGACACGGUUCCAAGAAUGGCUGUAACCGUCGAAGAGGACUUAGAACCUGUCGAGGAGGAAAAGGAGGAAAAGAAGGACGAGCCGCCGGCGGAUGAAGGCCUCUACAUUCUGCAGCCGCGGACGUAUACUCCACAACCGCCUGCGCCGAUACCUUCACCAAGAAUCCAAGAUUCGUCAUUCGAAGACCUUCCACUCCCAAUUGAGGACCUUGAAAUCGAAGACCUUGAAAUCCAAAGCCCUCUAAUAGAAGACCCUCCAACACAAGAUCCCCCAAUCGCGACGCCAGAGGAGCAGCCAAAGAGAACAUCUUUGCGACAGAGGCUAUCUCUAAAAGGAAGCAGCCUGCCCGAAGCUAUCCAGGUUCCUUCUCGCCACGCGCCUGAGCUCCAGAGGCCCACGUACCUAGACGCACAAUACCAGUCUCCCGGAUACCUACCCUCGCGCACCUACCAAGGCCCAGAUUCUGCCUAUGGCUCCGAUAGCGAGACACGGCAGCCGGUCCGUUCGAUGACGGAAUUCGGAGAUAUGAUGCCACCGCCAGGUGUUCCGGCCACGGCGUUACCUUCUCCGCGAUCGGACAGACAGCACUACUUCCCGGUGCGAGCAAGUCCUCACUCGCCUCUGCAGCAGAGACCGUGGACGGCUGGCACGCACGUCCAUGCGGGCCAUCUGCGAAAUCAGCCUUCGGCGAUGGGAAUGAGCAUGCUAAGUAACGUGACAACGCUCAACCCGGAAAAUCAGAAGGCGGUAAAGAAGAAGCGUAGUGCGUUCGGGUGGUUGAAGAAGGCAUUCUCGCUCGACGACGAAGAACGUGCAGAAUUCGAGGCAAGGAGAGCACAGCAAGCUCCUAAUCGAUACUAUGAAAGUAGAGGCCCUCAGUACUUAGAUGGCAAGCGUGUACCGGACUAUAGGCGUCGCCAAUAA